GAGGUGCCCAACGCACCUGUCGCGCGGCCCCCGCCCGGCGGCCUAUCGGCGGACGCGCCCGUCUUCUCGCCGCCGACCGCCGGCGUCGCCGAGAUUGCGGCCGGCGCCGGGAGAUAUGCCGCAAGCGACGAUAUGUUCGCCGGCCCACCCGUGUUCGAGUUUAUGGACGAGGAGCAGUUCUUCACCCCG